GUGAAGGAAACGUUCACCUCACAGCGCUGAAAUAGGUUUCAUCCACGUGUCCCGGAAGUUCUCUGGUCUUUUGGUGACGCUGCAUUAGGCGACAUGGCUCAGCUCAGUUACUUCGGCCUCUUGAUCCUGUCUCUGGUUCUUGGGACCCAGACUCUUACCCCGACCCAUCACCUGACCGCCAGUGAUGUGGCCAGACUGCAGGCUGCGCUGAGCCAGCCCUUCACUGACCUCGAAUCUGUUUAUUACUCUGUUGUUGGACUGAGCAAGUUAGGAAUCUUUGUUGCUGAUGCAGAUGAGACAUGCAAGUUUAUCAAGUCCAAUCUGGACGCCUCCAGCGUUGAGUCUCUGUUUUAUGCAGCGGAAGCCAGUCAAGUUCUGUCUGGAUGCGAGAUCCCGGUGUUGAACGAGACGCGUGAUUUGCUGUUGGCUGCCGUGAGCGAAGACUCCACAGCGUCUCAGAUCCAUCAGUCUGUGAGCGCUCUCAGCUCUCUUGGACUGCCUCUGGCCUCACAGGAAGUGGUCAGUGCCCUGAAAGCUCGCAUCUCCAAAGAGGACAACGUCUUGGCAAUCAUUCUGGCUCUGCAGACCGCGUCUCGUCUCUCUCAGCAAGCUGAACUUGGGGAUAUCCUGGAGGAGAUUGAGGAUCUAGCUGCGCGUUUGGAUGAUCUGGGUGGAGUGUAUCUUCAGUUUGAGGAGGGUGUGGAGGCCACAGCGCUGUUUGUGUCCUCUGCUUAUGCUCUGUCUGAUCAUGUGGACAUGGAGCCUCCACUGAAAGAGGAUCAGGUAAUCCAGCUGGUGAACUCCAUCUUCAGUAAAAAGUCAUGGGACUCUCUGUCGGAGGCGUUCAGCGUGGCCAGUGCGGCUGCGGCGCUUUCCAACAAUCGUUUCCAAGUGCCUGUUAUUGUCAGCGCUCGGGGCCCUGCUGCAGUUUCCCACAGUCAGCCCCUCCUUCAGCUUCAUGUGACGGAUGUUCUGUGUCAGCCGCUCACUUCAGCCACUGUUCUGGUGGAGUCUGCCACUGCUGUGUCCUCAAAAUCUGCCAUCCUGAGCCAGGCACCCUUCAGCCUUAAAGAUGGAGUGUUUGAGCUGAAUUUCAUGGGCAGCAAGCCAGCAAGUGGCUAUUAUCAGUUUUCUGUUGCCGUCACUGGCGACAGCCGAUUUGUCGCCAACCACGUUGAGCUCAAAGUGAAAGUCUCUACCAGGGUUGCCAUCAACAACAUGGACUUGUCUGUGGUAGAUAAGGACCAGAGCAUCGGCCCCAAAACCAGCAGAGUGGAAUAUCCAAGUAAAGCCAAGGCAUCCUUUAUGGCCGACAGCCAUCAGAACUUUGCCAUGACGUUCCAGUUAAUCGAUGAGACCACAGGAGUGGAACUCACCCCUCACCAGACUUUUGUGAGGUUACACAACCAGAAGACAGGUCAGGAGGUGGUGUUUGUGGCCGAGCCCGACAGCAAAAACGUGUACAAGUUUGAGCUGGACACGGCCGUGACUAAGACCGAGUUUGACUCCAUCUCAGGCACCUACGCUCUCUACCUGAUGGUGGGAGAUGCUACGUUGGAGAACCCCAUCUUAUGGCAUGUGGCUGAUGUGGUGCUCAAGUUUCUGGAGGAAGAGGCACCUUCAACAAUUCAGACCAAAAAUGUAUAUACACCCAAACCAGAAAUCCAGCAUCUGUUCCGGGAGCCAGAGAAGAAACCACCCACCGUCGUGUCCAACGCAUUCACCGCCCUGGUUCUCUCUCCAUUCCUUCUCCUGCUCAUACUGUGGUUUAAACUGGGAGCCAAUAUCUCAAACUUUACCCUGUCGCCCAGCACAAUUCUCUUCCAUAUAGGCCAUGCAGCUAUCUUGGGUCUGAUGUAUGUGUACUGGACUCACCUAAACAUGUUCCAGACUCUGAAGUAUCUGGCUAUCAUUGGCAGCCUCACAUUCCUGGCUGGGAACCGUAUGCUGGCACAAAAAGCUGUGAAAAGGAUUGCUGCCGAACAAAGUAGUAGGUUGGCAAAGUAUAGAAGUCUGCGGUAAAUGCCAGUAUGUUUUUAAAAAGAAAGGCUGGUCUUCCAGGCUAAAACUCGAAGGAAAAUAAUGAUGGAGGAAUCAUCUGAAGAAGACCAUGGAUGCUUCAUAUUCGUGUCUUUAAGAAAUUGGGGAAGUAUUGGUGGAGGUUAAAACGUGAAACAAGACUCUUCUGAAUGAGUUUCAAAAACACAGCUUGACGUCAACUGAUUUAUUUAGGAACAUGCUGUUUUAUUUUUCCAAUCUGUUUAUUAGAAAACUGAAUGCACUGUAAGAAAUUUGCUACAUUGGGGGAUAUAAUGAAUGUUGCUUGUACAGUAACUUGUGUUUGAUGGUCUGUGGUGUUCAUCCACUGUUUUGGGGUGGGGGUAUUUUUAAUGCAAAUUCCUGUCCCCUCAUUUUUUUUGUAAUGAAUAAGCAUGUUCCUGUUGGAGUUUUUUUUCACCUUUUUUAUCACGAUGUCCAGACAAGGAUGUCUAUUUGUCAUCACAUGAACAGGAUUUGGAAUCAUUCUCCCAGUCAUCACAACACAGAUGGCUAAUUCAAUGUUUUUUAAUGAAAGAAAUAAAACAAGGAAACACGG